AGUCCUCUAUCUGCUGGAGCAGAGCUGUGGACGGAUACUUUAGGCUUGCUAUGAGUGUGGGCAGGUUGUGCAGGAAGGGGUCUUGGCUGCUGCUGCUGGCGCGGGGGGGCCCUGUGCUGGGGGCCACAGCAUGGACACACAAGAGCUUCAUGACCUCCACAGCUUUACUAAAGCAGGAUGACUUCACCAAAGGUAUGUCUAAUGAAAUAAACAAGAUCCAUGAGAAGGUGAAGGAGGCUCUGCCGGGCAGUGGCUGGUACCCGUUCAAAUCUAUGGACCAUCUACCUCCGGAACACGCAGACAUCGUCAUCGUCGGGGGUGGAAUCAUGGGCUGGUCAGUUGCCUAUUGGCUGAAGAAAAUGCAGACCAAGAAGAAGGCGUACAAAGUCCUGGUGGUUGAGCGAGACCCGACCUACUCCCAAGCCUCCACUGUCCUCUCAGCAGGCGGCAUCCGGCAGCAAUUCUCCCGGCCAGAAAACAUCCAGAUGUCACUGUUUGGAGCACAUUUCCUGCGCAAUAUCAAUGAGUACUUGGGCAUUAUGAAUGAAGAUCCCGUUGACAUUCAGUUCAACCCCUCUGGCUACCUCUUCCUGUCCAGUGAGAAAGGAGCUGAGAUCCUGGAGGACAAUUACAGAAUCCAGAGGGAACAGGGAGCCAAAGUGAUGUUACUUUCCCCGGACCUGCUGAAGAAGAAGUUUCCAUGGAUCAAUACACAGGAGGUAGCGCUGGCCUCUUAUGGCCUGGAGAACGAGGGCUGGUUCGAUCCCUGGCUACUGCUCACUGCGUUACGGCGUAAAGCUCUGUCCAUGGGCGUCGUGCAUUGCCAUGGAGAGGUGACAGGGUUCAACUACGUCAUGCAAGAAAUGCUGACCGCAGAGGGUAAUCCGGUGAACUUCAAAGUAAUCAAGCAGGUCAUUGUACAAACACAGAACAGUUUGGAGAACCAGCCCGUGGAUUGUAUGGCGGUCGUCAAUGCUGCCGGGGCCUGGUCUUCAAAGGUGGCGGAAAUGGUUGGGAUCGGCUGCGGAGACCCGAGCACCUAUGAAGAUGUCAAGCUUCCAGUAGAGCCUAGAAAAAGAUACAUCUACAUGUUUCACUGCCCCAAUGGUCCCGGCCUGGACUGCCCGAUGCUGAUUGACAGCUCAGGGGCCUACUUUAGAAGAGAGGGGUUGGGAGGAAACUACAUUGGAGGCCUCUCUCCUCCAGAGGAGGAGGAGCCAGACCACAGUAAUCUGGAUGUGGACCACGACUAUUUCCAGCAGAAGGUUUGGCCGCUCUUGGCAGACAGAGUACCAGUAUUUCAGUCCUUAAAGGUGAAGUCAGCCUGGGCCGGGUAUUACGACUACAACACCUAUGACCAGAACGGCAUCAUUGGGACUCACCCGCUGGCGCGGAAUAUGUACUUUGCAUGCGGGUUCAGUGGCCAUGGCUUGCAGCAGGCUCCGGCUGUGGGGCGCGCGGUGGCAGAGUUACUGAAUUAUGGGCAGUUUACAUCCUUGGAUCUCAACUCUUUUGGUUUCCAGCGUUUUAUAUUCCAACAACCUGUCCUAGAGAGGAACAUUGUCUGAGAGAGGAGACAGAAGAAUGUAGAUGCUGCCUUUGUGUCAGGACCCAGACACUCCUGGAAAUUGACCCUGGGGUCAGAAUCGCCAUGAAAUGAGACAAAGAUGGAGGUGGAACAAGGUCACCUUCAAAGAUUACACAGUCCUCACAAAAGACUUGUGAAUGUGUUUUUAAUUUAAACAAUUUUAUGCUGCAACCUGUAAUUCAAGGGGAACUACAAAAAAAACGAUAUACUUCCCCCCUCAGAUGUUGUUAACUAUAAUGUAAUGUCAAUGUUCUAUAAGGAAACAAAGAUUGAAAUGGUUUGUGGUAAAUACAGAGAACUUUGUAAUGCCUCUUUCUCCCUCUAGCAGCUCAUUUCCAUCUCCCUCCUAUGGGCAGCAUGUAGUCUGAUCCUUUAGGCUACAUGCACACUGUCCGUUUUUCACUGAUGCCUUUCGGAGAAACGGACAUUAAAAAUAGACCCAUUCAAUUGUAUGGGGGCUGUCGGUCAGUGAGAA